UGGAAUAUUAUUUUUCUAAGGACAGUUUCCAUUUUUAUCAACAAAACCACCUUGACUGGUGCCAGAAUGUCGAAAAUAGACCACUCAAGAUAUGCAAAACCCCCAAUAGCGCUUUAUUCAAAUGAACCAUUUGUAAACUCAAGGCUUUUCCACUGUACUAUUUACAUAACACUGCAUGUAGAUUGCUUAUAAUGGCCUCGACAACAUUAAGCGAUUUCCUCUUGAAUCUCAGAGGAAAGUUCACGUGUAAUUAUUGCAAGGGGUCGCUGAACAAUCCAAAGAUUUUACCAUGUCUACAUUCUAUCUGCUGCGGUUGCCUCCGAAGGCUCGAGAUGGAAAGCCUUGGGGUGGAACGAGCUAGUUGUCCUUCGUGCAGAGCCGAAAUCGAGCUACCGGAAGGAUCUAAUAUUGAGAGUCUUCCUUCUCCGCUCUACCUGAAUCGACUACAAGAAAUGAUCAGAAUUCGAAACAACAACCCUGAGUUAGCUUGUGGGAGCUGUGAUCGAAAAGCAGCUGCGGUGUCCUAUUGUUUCGAUUGUAGAUGCCUCGUUUGUGUCGGUUGUAUUGAGGUACACGCGCGAAUAAAAGUGAUGAAGUCUCACCGCAUUGCCGAGCUGAAGGAGUUCUCAUCGAAAGAUCUCCCUGUGUUAAUUCAAGCCCCGUUGUUGUGCCUUGAAGAUGGACAUAAGCAUGAAGCGCUUGAUCAAUUCUGCAAGGAUUGUGAGAGGCAAGUUUGUGAGAAGUGUAUUAAUUCCUCACAUAAGGGCCACAACCUACUGCCGAUCAGCCAAGCGAGUAGAGAAAGUAAGAAGCGUAUUUUACAUGCCAUGGAUGGUUUGCAGGACAAAAUGUUGUCAUGUCGAGGAGAGAUAAAGCGAGUCGAUCAGAGCUACAAAACUGUGGAAAGGAGGGUAAUUACAGCACGGCAAGAAGUGUUGAAAAAAAUUGAAGACUUGAUCACUUUAUUGCGAAAGCACGGAGAUGAAAUGCUAGCUGAACUAGAGAGUGUUUAUAAAGAUCAACAGCUUUCCAUUAUUAAACAGCGGAAGGAGCUUGAAUUACAAAUGGGGCAAUUGCAAAAAACUCAUGAAUUUGCUAAUGAAAUGCUAGAGAGAGAUAUCGGGGGCGAGAUUUUAGACAUGGAAAGAUCGAUGAAAAGACGAUUUCAGCAGCUUAUGGCCAUGAAUACCAAACCAGAGCCACAUGCACAGAAAAGUAUAAACGUUGAUUAUAUUCCAGAUCCAGAAGUACAGAAAACUCUCUCGCAGUCAGGUCUCGGGCGAAUUUUUGUGAGUUUUACAGACCCCGCGACCUCGGUCGCUGAGGGAAAACAAAUGACCCAACUUCUCACAGGAACCGGAGAACGAAUCGAAUUCACGAUUCAAACGAAAGAUUCCGAUCAGAAACCGAGUUACUCUGAGAACGAUCGUGUUUCGGUCCGUAUUCAAUCAACCAAAGGUACGGUGAUUCCCACGAGAAUCGACGACAGGAAAGACGGAAGUUACCUCGUCUCCUACACCCCGUUGAAACCGGGUGUGUACCAAAUCGACGCAAGGGUUCGUGGCGAGCCAAUCAAAGGAAGCUCGUUCACAGUGCACGUGACUACUCGAGCAGAGUAUCUUAAGGCGAGCCGGAUAAGCCUGGAAAAUGCUUCUAAACCCGACCAAUAUAAACCUGUCUCAUAUUUCGGCUGCGCCGCUCAUGAAAAGUUCCAGAUCAAAAGGCCUUGUGGUCUUGCAGUCAGUUCCUCGGGAGAGGUCGUCGUCGCAGACUCGUGGAAUCGUCGGCUUCUGAUCUUUCGUCAAAGGAGCAAAGAGAAAUUGCAGUUUGAGAGCAGAGUUCUGGAGGGUAGCGUGGAUUUGACGAAUCCAGUGGGAGUUGGGUUCAAUUCUGAAGAAAAAAUCAUAGUAUCCGACAGUGACAACCAAAUGAUUCACGUGAUCGAUCGAUGUGGCGUGACCAUCAAGACAUUCGGAAGUGACGUUCUCGAAUGCCCGUGGGGAGUUUGCGUGACGCGCGAGGGCAGAAUUACCGUGUGUGACUGGGGGAGUGCUACUGUCAAAGAAUUUUCCCAACAAGGAAAACUUCUCAAAGAGUUCGCCAGUCGAUCCUCCGCCAAACCUUACUACAUCGUUCAUCACCAUGAAAAAUACUUCGUAACCUUUGAUUCACACUGUGUUGAAGUGUUCGAUAAUGGAGGUAACUUCCUGUAUAAAAUUGGCGAGAAGGGUUCCGGUGAAGGUCAGCUAAGGGACCCGAGAGGAAUGGCGAUUGACAGCAAAGAAAAUCUUGUCGUGUGUGAUAGUGGGAAUCAUCGUCUCCAGCUAUUCAGCACAGACGGAAGGGCUUUUGCGUUUGGAAGUCAGGGCAAAGAGGCGGGUCGAUUUGACAAGCCUCAAGAUGUUGUUGUCUCAUCCGAUGGCAGGUUAUUUGUGACUGAUUAUUGUAAUAAUCGUGUGCAGGUACUGCAAAGGAGCAACAGUGAAGCGCUGAUUAAUUAG